AUGGGAGCUUGCGUCUGUAAAGACAAGAACCAGGAUCCCCCUAUAACCCAAGCGGAAGAGAGCGACAGCAGCUCUCAUGUCAGCGGCCAUUACCAUCGGGACCACAACCACCACAGCAGCUCCACCACAUCCAGCUCAGAUCAGUCGGAGCGGCGGCAUCGCCAUCACCACCACAGCCAUCACAACCACCGUUCACAUCAUCACCAGAGACAUCAUCCGGGGUCUGGCAGACGGAGCAGAACUGCAGACAAGGAGGAUGUCGACCGUCUUGUACUGGAGACUCUAUCUGUGAUUCGUACUCUUGUAGAUAAUGCGCAGGAGCCGCCCCUGGCCAUGCUUGUCCUUCACAAAAUAGCCGACUGCGACCAGGGCUGGUUGAAUGUGGUCAAGUCGCUCAUCAGUGUGAUCCCCAUGGAGGACCCGCUAGGACCAGCCGUUGUUGCCCUUCUCCUGGACGAGUGCCCACUUCCUACCAAGGAUGCACUGUUAGAUUUGAAGAAUCACCUGAACCUGGUCGACUCGGAGCUAGCCCAGACCUACACCAAGCCCUGCCAGCAGCGCAACAUUUGUAUACUCCUAGGUUGCCUAGCUGAAAAAUUAGCAGGUCCAAACAGCACAUCGUUAUUUACCCCAGAAGUACUGAAGUUCUUCAUAGACCAUUUAAAACCAAGACACCAUCCCGUGGUGAUUCUGCAUUCUCUGGUUGCGUUAGAAAAGUUUGCUCAAACAAGUGAAAACAAAGUAAGCAUUAUGCGGGCGUUGCAGCAGUGUGAGGUUCACCCUUUGACCCUCUUGGAGGCCUGGUACACACGGAACAACGACAACUCACGGCAGGGCUACAGCAGGCGGGAGGUCGGCUUUUGUGCUGCUUGGUGCCUUGAUAAUCUAUUUUUAAAAGAGGGCCGUCCCUUCUCGUACGAGCAGCUAGACCGGUCUGAUCUGAAUGUCAUUUUAAAUAAUAAUGAUGUCAGCGAAUAUCUCAAAAUAUCUGCAGACGGCUUGGAGGCUCGCUGUGACGCGUCAUCCUUUGAGAGUGUGCGGUGCACAUUUCAGGUGGACUGUGGAGUUUGGUAUUACGAGGUGAUGAUCGUCACAGAUGGAGUCAUGCAGAUCGGCUGGGCUACCAAAGAUAGUAAAUUCCUCAAUCAUGAUGGCUGUGGUAUUGGGGACGAUGAGUAUUCGAUGGCCUACGAUGGCUGCCGACAACUCAUCUGGUAUGAUGCACAGAGUGAGCUGCACUCUCAUCCUUGCUGGAAGCCUG